AUGGAAGCAAAUCCAGGUCUGCUGUAUGAUCCAUUCAAGAAAAUCCAUCUAAUACGAGAAGAAUGGCAGCUGAUUAAUUCCAUCAACGUCGAAAAAUUGGUGAAUCUAUAUCCGGAUUCCCAUCAAAAUCUAUGGGAGUCCUACAGAGUAUGCUCAGUAAGAUUCAACCACCCAAACUGCAUGUCAUAUUUAAGGAUCAAUAGCUAUCGAGAAAUACGAGCAGAAAUUGAACAAGGGGACGACGAAAUCUUCCUACGAGUCUCUACACCAGGAUCAACUACGAGUAAUCCGACUUCAGACAUUGGCCAAGAGGGGGACGACAAAACAAAAGUCAACGAACCACUUCCAACAAGAACCGACAACGACAACUCCUCCACGGCAGCAACAGUAACAACCAAAGAAGCUCCUGAGACCAUCAAGACAUCAAAGGAGUCGAAACCAUCCCGACUGAGAGACUACAAAUCACCGAUUUGGACAACAAUCCCGGCAUCAACAUCGUAA